UAGCCUUAUUGUGCACACACAGGUUCAAAAUCUGCAAAAUGGGCGUAUUCCCAAUCACUCCAUAGUAUCUCCUGCUAACAUUUGCCUGCACCUGGCUGUGGCAGAGUAGGCAAAUACGGGUUAUACAAAUUGAGACAGGUGUCAUUGAACUUGGAGUGACUUACAUGUCUAGGGAGACUGUAAUUAUUAUCAGUCAAGUCCUGGGCACUGGAGCUUUGCUGUUGGGUGGGUUUUUGCAUGAGUCCAGAGUGAGAGUUUCCAUGCUUCUUGUCCUAACUGUGGUUUGGCUGCAGAUUCUGUUUUCCCCCCGUGGCCGUGUCUCAGCGCUCUGGAACCUGUCUAAGCAGAUCCUCCUUUAACAAGAUGCCCUCUGCACUCACCUUGAUCUUCAUGGUCCUCUUUUGUCUGGUGUCAUUGGCUUCUAUGUUGCAGAACGGCUUCAUGAUCAUUGUGCUGGCCAGAGAGUGGAUGCGGAACGGAGCACUGCCCGCAGCUGACAUGAUUGUGGUCUCUCUUGCUUUCUCCCGGUUCUGCCUACAUGGGAUAGCCAUCCUGGCCAAUCUCUUGGCCUCUUUUGAUUUUUGUUACCAAGCAAACAUUGUUGGCAUCCUCUGGGACUUCAACAAUACACUAAUUUUCUGGCUUACAGCCUGCCUUGCCAUCUUCUACUGUGUGAAGAUCUCCUCUUUCUCUCACCCUGUCCUCUUUUGGCUCAAGUGGAGGAUUUCCAGGUCAGUUCCCAGGCUGCUGCUGGGCUCUCUCAUCAUGGGUGGCCUGUCAGCCAUCUUAUCAGCCACCGGGAACGUCAUUGCUACCCAAAUGAUCAUUUCCCAGGGUUUCUAUGAAAAUUGCACAUUUGGUCACAUGAUACUGGACUUCUAUCGGUACUAUUACCUGUCGCAUGCAAUGCUCAUGUGGUUCACUCCUUUCUUCCUGUUUCUAGUGUCCCUUAUCUUCCUUAUGUUCUCACUGUACCGGCAUGUGGGGAAGAUGAGGGACCAUCGGCCUGGGCCUUGUGAUCCCCGAAUUCAGGCACAUUCCAUGGCUCUGAAAUCCCUUACCUUCUUCUUCAUCUUCUAUAUAUUAUUUUUUCUGUCCCUGAUAAUUUCUAGUACAAAAAAUAAAGCCACGGAAAGUUACUGGUAUUGGGCUAGAGAAGUCAUGAUCUACCUGGGCAUCUCUUUGAACUCCAUUACCCUGGUGCUGAGCAACCCCAAGCUGAGGAAGGCUCUGAAGAUGAGACUUUAA